UUUAAAAUAAAUAUUUUUUUUGUAAGGAAAAUAAAUAUAAUUAUAAACAGUGUAUAUAAAAACUACUAUAUCACACCCUUUCUUAAGCUACCGCCACAUAAAAAUAUAAUACACUCUCUCUUUCUCUCUCUCUCUAGCUAUAGUUUUAGAUUAUGGAAAACAAUUACCUAUCUAAAUUUCUUCCAUUUCCAACAAAUUCUUCAUCACCAUCUUCUUCUUCGUCCUUGUCAUUAAGUACAGCUGUGGAUAUUAAUCUCCAUAACAAUAGUAAUAAUCAAGCUGGUUACAAUAAUAUUAAGUCUUCUUCAUCAAAUGAUGAUAAUAAUAAUAUUGUAUUCUUGGGGCUGAUGUCAGAGAUGGAGAUCCCAGCUACCUCCAAUAAUGAUCAUCAUGAUCAGUUUCAGAUUCAGAGCUCUAAUAAUAUUAAUGCUCACCAUGGUCAGGUUAUGAAAUUGGAGAAGAGAAAAGGAGAUCAAAAUAGUAAUAAGAAAGCAAGAAAGCCUAGGUAUGCUUUUCAGACCAGAAGCCAAGUUGAUAUUCUUGAUGAUGGCUAUAGAUGGAGGAAGUACGGUCAAAAGGCCGUCAAGAACAACAAAUUCCCAAGAAGCUACUAUAGGUGCACGCAUCAAGGUUGUAACGUGAAGAAACAAGUGCAGAGGUUAACGAAAGACGAAGGGAUUGUGGUGACUACUUACGAAGGCAUGCAUUCCCAUACCAUUGACAAGUCAACUGAUAACUUUGAGCAUAUCUUGAGUCAGAUGCAAAUCUACACUACUUCCUUUUAGUUAUAUACAUAUAUUAUUCACAAUUAGUUUAAUUAAUCAUACACAUAUAUAUACUACUAGAUAAAUUAAUGCUACCUAGUAUGUAAAUUAUUAUGAUUAUUACUUCUUUUAAUUUACUUUCUUUCUAAUACACAAACCAAAUAAAAUAAUAUAUGGCUGCUAACUGGGUUUAGUGCUAUAUAUAUAUUGAAUUCUUUUGUUAUGUAUGUACGUACAAUCACAAAAUAAUUAUGAACAGCACGUACGUACCUAUUAAUUGUAUUUUUGUACCAAUUAUUUUGUUCUUAAUUUUACUCCUAUAUUUUGUUACAAA